AUGAGGGAAAUAGUGCAUCUGCAAGCGGGACAGUGCGGUAACCAGAUCGGUUCAAAGUUCUGGGAAAUUAUAUCAGAGGAGCACGGCAUCGACCCGACGGGAGUGUACAAGGGCACCAGCGACCUUCAGCUAGAACGAAUUUCAGUCUACUACAAUGAGGCUUCUUGUGCGACGGCCGAGAAUGGCGGCAAGUACGUCCCCCGCGCCAUCCUCCUCGACCUCGAACCGGGCACGAUGGACGCCGUCCGCUCCAGCGCCUACGGCCAGCUUUUCAGGCCGGAUAACUUCGUCUUUGGCCAAUCAGGCGCCGGCAACAACUGGGCCAAGGGACACUACACAGAGGGCGCCGAGCUCGUCGACGCGGUGCUAGACGUCGUGCGCAAGGAGUGCGAGAACUGCGACUGUCUGCAGGGCUUCCAACUCACACACUCCCUCGGUGGAGGCACGGGCUCCGGCAUGGGCACGCUGCUCAUCUCCAAAAUCAGAGAAGAAUACCCCGACAGAAUCAUGAACACGUACUCGGUCGUCCCCUCGCCCAAAGUGUCAGACACGGUAGUGGAACCCUACAACGCAGUCCUAUCUAUUCACCAGCUCGUAGAAAACACAGACGAAACUUACUGCAUAGACAACGAAGCUCUCUACGACAUCUGCUACAGAACCCUCAAAGUCCCUAACCCGACCUACGGAGAUCUGAAUCACUUGGUAUCGCUCACCAUGUCCGGUGUGACCACCUGCCUCAGGUUCCCCGGUCAGCUGAAUGCGGAUCUCCGAAAGUUGGCCGUCAACAUGGUACCGUUCCCUCGUCUCCACUUCUUCAUGCCAGGAUUCGCGCCUCUCACGUCCCGCGGCAGUCAACAGUACCGCGCCCUCACAGUCCCCGAGCUCACCCAACAGAUGUUCGACGCCAAAAACAUGAUGGCCGCCUGCGAUCCACGCCACGGACGCUACCUCACGGUGGCCGCCAUCUUCCGUGGACGUAUGUCUAUGAAGGAGGUCGAUGAACAGAUGCUGUCGAUACAGAAUAAGAACAGCAGCUUCUUCGUAGAGUGGAUCCCGAACAACGUCAAGACUGCUGUGUGCGAUAUUCCUCCCAAAGGUCUGAAGAUGUCUUCCACCUUUAUCGGAAACACGACCGCCAUCCAGGAGCUGUUCAAGCGCAUUUCGGAGCAGUUCACGGCUAUGUUCAGACGCAAGGCUUUCUUGCAUUGGUACACCGGCGAGGGCAUGGACGAGAUGGAAUUCAACGAAGCGGAGAGUAACGUCAACGAUCUGGUGUCUGAAUACCAACAGUACCAGGAGGCCACGGCCGAAGAUGACACGGAGUUCGACCAGGAAGACAUGGAGGAAUUGGCGCAGGACGAUCAUCACGAUUAG